AUGGGAACACCCGGAUUUAUUCCGCCAAGUGUUAUAGAUGGAGAAAAAUAUUGUCUCAACAGUGAUAUAUUUAGUGUGGGAUCAAUAAUUUACUAAAUGAUCGCAGAGAAACUUUAAGUGCUAGGUUUAAGAAAAAAUUUAAUAACUUAAAUGUUCACAGGAAUUGAGAGAACUAUUGUUUGGUUCUGGAUCAUCCAUGGUUCAGGAUUUAUAAAUAUGAGAUUAAGCAAAUAAAAAUGA